AUGCGCGGCCCGCUGGCUUUCUCCGCAAAGGCCUGGCACGGCCCAGGCAACGGCGCCCUCUUUUCACAAAUACAGUCGCGCAUCUCGGCGACAAAGCCGGCACUCUCGAGAUCAAUCGCUACCAAGACGAUACCAACCUCCUCAAUUGCCAAAAGACUACCGAAUCCGAACUGCCUCUUCGCCCCCUCCAUACUCCGAUUUGCAACCGCGGGCACCACACGCCACAAUGGCCUCCGACAACCAAUGCGAACGUUCAAUGCGUCGCGACAUUUAUCCGAAGCAUCGACCGGCGAGAAACCCACCAAGCAGCGCAAGUCUUACAAGGACGAAAUCAAAGAAAAAGGCAUUGUGGACCUCGAAGAGCAUGAUGGUGAAGCAGAGGUUGAGCGGGGCUUUGUACAGUCGGAAAAGGCAGCCCAAGCCAAACACGUCAAUCUGAGCGCAAAGCUGAGUAAGGAUGGCUCUGGCUCUGGAGGCACACCGGGCGGCAUGAAGGAAAUCUGGAGACUCAUCAGCAUUGCACGGCCUGAACUAGGUACCCUCUCCUGGGCAUUCGUAUUCUUACUCGUUGGUUCCGGCAUCUCGCUAUCUGUACCCUUUUCUAUUGGUAAAAUCCUGGACGCUGCCACUUCGACAGAGAAUACGGAUGGCUUGCUCUUUGGCAUGACUCCCUCGAUAUUCUACUUUGCUCUCGCAGGGGUAUUGACUACCGGCGCUGCAUUCAACUUUGGUCGUAUCAUCAUCCUGCGAAUUGUCGGAGAGCGCAUCGUGGCCCGCCUGCGAUCGCAGCUCUACCGCAAGACGUUUAUCCAGAAUGCCGAGUUCUUCGACGCCAACAGGGUUGGAGAUCUCAUCUCCCGCCUGGCCUCAGACACCAUCAUCGUUGGAAAGAGCAUUACACAGAACUUAUCCGAUGGUCUGCGUGCACUCGUCAGCGGCGCAGCUGGUUUUGCAAUGAUGGGUUUUGUCAGCCUGAAACUCACCGGCAUUCUUGCUCUGAUUGCCCCGCCAGUCGCGGUUGUUGCAUUCUUCUCUGGUAGAUCUCUACGGAACCUCAGUCGGAAAAUUCAAAAGAACCUGGGUACGCUAACAAAGAUUGCCGAGGAGAGACUGGGCAACGUGAGAACUAGCCAGGCAUUUGCUGGUGAGGUCCAGGAAGCAUCCCGCUACAACCGUCAGAUCAAGAGGAUAUUCGCUCUGGGAAAGAAGGAGGCUGUGGUUGCCGCAACCUUUUACGGAAGUACGGGCCUUAUGGGCAACCUGACCAUCAUCUCUAUCCUCUAUGUCGGCAGUAAUAUGGUCAAGAAUGGUGUCAUUUCGAUUGGUGAGCUCUCGUCUUUCUUGAUGUACACAGUGUACGCCGGUUCAAGUAUGGUUGGCCUGUCUGGAUUUUACGGCGAAAUGAUGAAGGGCGUCGGUGCCGCUAGCCGUCUGUUCGAGCUUCAGGAUCGCAACCCAACAAUCUCGCCAACAAAGGGUCUGCCUGUCAAGUCGGCACGUGGUCCGAUUGAAUUCAAGAACGUAUCGUUUAGCUACCCCACCCGGCCAGCAGUCUCCAUCUUCAGCGACCUGAGCUUCAAGAUUGAACAAGGCACCAAUGUGGCUAUUGUUGCGCCUAGCGGAGCUGGAAAGUCUACAGUCGCCAGCCUGCUUUUGCGCUUCUACGUCCCCACAUCGGGUACCAUUACCAUUGAUGGAAGGGAUAUCACUACUUUGAAUGCGAAGCAAUUGAGGAGAAAGAUUGGCUAUGUCGGGCAGGAGCCUGUUCUUUUCUCUGGAACCAUUGCUGAGAACAUCGCCUAUGGUGUCCCGCAUGCCACUCGCGCUGAGAUUGUUGCUGCUGCUCGAAAGGCCAACUGCCAGUUUAUCAGUGAUUUCCCCGAUGGACUGGAGACACAUGUCGGUGCACGCGGUACACAACUGUCUGGAGGCCAGAAACAGCGCAUAGCCAUUGCACGGGCUUUGAUCAAGCAGCCCGACAUCUUGAUCCUUGACGAAGCCACAAGUGCGCUGGAUGCCGAGUCCGAGACGCUGGUCAACCAAGCGCUCAACAAGCUUCUCCGAGAAAACAACACAACCAUUAGCAUUGCCCACCGACUAUCUACCAUCAAGCGGUCCGAUCGCAUCAUCUGCAUUGAUUCCGAUGGCAAGGUGGCCGAAGAGGGAACGUACGAGCAGCUUAGCUCAAACCCGAAUGGAGCUUUCAACAAGCUAAUGGAAUGGCAAAUGAGCGGUGGUGAUGUGCCCGCACGGGAACCCGAGAACCCAAAGCCGUCUGAAGAAGAGGAGAUUGAGGAGGACCUUGAGUCGGACAAGGACGAGGAUAAGGACGAGGAAACAGCUCGUAGCCGUUUGUAG